AUGGAGAAAAGGGAGGACCAUGGCGGCCGAGAUUCUGAUAACGAAUUAAACCACGCUGAAGUCUUAGGGGAUGGUCGUGUCAAUCUCGGCAUGCGACACGUGUGGCGUGUAUCACAGGAGCUACCCUUGUUGAAAGACCAGGGUAUGAAAGAGACCGGCACUGUCAACGUAACGCCGCCGCAUAUGAACAUCGUCAUCCAGGUUGUUGGCUCACGAGGCGACAUCCAGCCAUUUAUCGCUAUAGGGGUAGCCCUAAAAAGAGCAGGCCAUCGUGUCCGAAUUGCAACACAUGAGACAUUCAGUUCUUUUGUCCAGGAUGUGGGCCUGGAGUUCUUUAACAUCGGUGGAGAUCCGAGAAAAUUGAUGGCAUACAUGGUCAAAAAUCCCGGCCUUCUUCCUAGCAUGAAGACCCUCCGGCAAGGGAGUAUUCGAGAGAAGAGAGAUGACAUGCGCGAAAUCCUCGAGGGAUGCUGGAAGUCAUGUUUCUUGCCGGGCGAUGGACCUGGCAACCAGGAAGCAACACCGUUCCUUGCUAACGCCAUAAUUGCGAACCCGCCUUCAUUUGCACAUGCGCAAGACCCUCGGUUUGCCACAGAUUGGCAGAUCGUCAGGGCCGAAUUUGAUAUCCCGUUUGGGGAUCCCAUAUACAUACUGCUGGUAUGCAUCCCUCCACCCUCGAAUAUUAUCACUGACAAUCUAAGGUCGCCCGCAUUGAUUCCAAAACCUGAAGAUUGGGGUGCACGAAUAUCAGUUUCAGGGUUUUAUUUCUUGCCACUGGCUUCCGAAUACACCCCUUCUGAAAGCCUGCAAGCAUUUCUUGAUGCGGGGAGUCCGCCAAUUUAUAUCGGUUUUGGAUCGAUUGUCAUCGAUGAUCCAAAAUCACUCACCUUGCUACUGCUAGAGGCCGUAAGGCUCGCUGGAGUGAGAGCGGUCAUUUCAACUGGCUGGAGCGGCUUAGCGCGUUUCCUGCGUGGUGCAUCACGGGGGGCCGGUACCACCGCGGCAGCGAUAGCAGCCGGGAAGCCAUCAGUCGUUGUACCUUUCUUCGGGGAUCAACCUUUUUGGGGCAGUAUGAUUGCGCGAGCAGGAGCAGGGCCCGAACCAAUACCCUUCAAGAAGCUCACAGCCGCCAGUCUUUCGGUCGCAAUCAAAGACGCACUUAACUGCUCUGUGCGGAAAACGUCGCAUUCACUGGGGGACCUUGUCAAUGACGAAGACGGAGUUCAAGCUGGCAUACGCUCUUUUUACCAACAAUUGGAUCUGUCAAUGCUGCAGUGCUCACUUACUCCGAUGAGUGCGGCGACGUGGCGAGUUCGCAAGACCGAGGUCAGACUCGGCUCAACCUCCUCCGCGCUGUUAAUGGACAUGGGUCUGCUUGAUUUGGACAAGCUUGAGCUUUACAAUAUUCAUGUUGGACCUAGGGAUCCUGUAUCUGGCAUCGCUCUGGCGAUGCUUGAUUCAGCCGGGUCAGCGAUUAAAGGCUUCGAGGAAAUCCGCUCUUCCAUGAGUAGGAAGUUUAAAAGGAAAUCAUCCGCCCCGGGAUAUUUCAAUCAAUUCAGGGAUUCGAGAACUGGGGCUUGCCUGAAGGGCAUGAGCCGCGCCUCAUCAAGCCUGGUGCGUGCCCCAAUCCACGUGGGGGUGGCGUUCACACAAGGUCUACACAACGCCCCGAAAAUCUGGGGAGAUCGUACGGUAAGACCUCUCGAGACAUUUUCCGACUUUCCCAGUGGGGUGAAGGCUGGUGGCAAAGAAAUGUGCUUUGGUAGCUACGAUGGCGUGACAAGCCUCGGCACACAUCUUGUGUCUGGACGCCAUAAUGUGCUGAAGGGGUUAUCCGGGCUUGGAUUCGAUAUACUGUCGUUUCUUUCUAAGGCAACAUCUGGGCUUUCGGCCAUCAUCACCUAUCCUCUGGGUGGCUUGGACACCGAAGUCGCUCAGUAUUUUUCCCGGAGAUACGUGUCAUCGAUGGAUGUCCAGUUGGUGGAACAAGGACGAAGCGAAUAUGCGAAAUUAAGCGACGAGGACCGCGCUGGAAUUGUUCACCAAUUCCAGGAAGUAACUUCGGCUGCGUUUGCGGUUGGCUCCCCCACUGUUUAUCUGAUCAGACAUGGCGAAAAGCCUAGUAACGGGAGUACCGGUCUGAGUGCCCAAGGCCUUCAGCGCGCGCAAUGUCUUCGGUCUGUGUUUGGCGCAAGCUCUGACUAUGAUAUCGGCUACAUCAUGGCAGAGACACCAAAAAAGGACGGCAAGAGAGAUCGCCCAUACGAAACUGUGGAGCCGCUGGCCCAGGAUUUAGGUAUCACGGUUGAUACAUCUUGCGAUCGCGACGACUCCAAAUGUGUGAAAGAUGUAGUUAAGGACUACAACGGAGAAGGAAACUUGCUGAUUUGUUGGGAACAUGAUGCUUUGACAGACAUUGUCCAAGAGUUAGGCGAUGACAAUGCGCCGUCAUACCCCGAUGGCCGUUAUGACAUUAUCUGGACUGAUCCCUCCCCUUACUCCAACAUCGCGGCAAAGACCGGUGAGAAUUGUCCUGGUCUGUCCUGA